AUGUCGGUUAGUGUCGGGAGCUUGGGAGCAUUCCUGGCUCUUCCUCUCAUGAAAAGCAAUCGGUCUCGCCUCGGUAUCAGUGAUAUAUGCGUGUAUCCCGACGAAUAUAUGGCUGUUGCAGAUGUUUGUACUUUGGUCGUGGUCAGUUUUUCUGUUGCACCUUGCGUGCACGCAAUCUACAUAGCCAGCUCAGUCCUCCUACGCCUUACACCUUCUUUGCAGAAUUUUGGUUUUGUUCGCCUGGCGUCUCACGAAGCGGCGUUGGCAGCCAUUACUCACCUUCAUGGCCUAAAGCUUCGAGGAUGGACGCUUUCCUGUGCAUGGAGCACGAGGACCCUAAAUUCCAAUGAGGAGGAGUCGCUUGACGACUCAUGGGAGAGAGAAGAGGAGGCGUACGCAGUAAUGUCUGCACAGUGCAUGGAGUAUGAUGGGGAACCAAGGCAGCCACCCUCAGUUCAAGGGUCGGGAGCUGGCUCGGUUGUAAUGAGCCCGAGGGCACCAGCUAAACGCACCGCCACAGAAGCAGCUGGAGACGCAUUCUGGCUUUCCAUUUUGGCUGAAAAUGGUCCCCUCAACGUGGGAGAACUCUGUAGUAGGAUGAAACGCCGUCAAAGACAAUUGCAGGAGUGGCACGAGCAGCAAUGGGAGGAAGACCCGGCCCCCCCGAAUGUGCAUGCUCAAGUCCCAGAGUUGCUGGCAAAUGAUUUGCAAAUCACAUUCCGCAACUGCCUGCGAAUACAUACUCCCCAAUCCAAUGGCGAAUUCACAGAGAUUCCACAUAGUGGCGUUGAUGUUGACGACAGCAAAACAUCUGCUACGGGCGUCUACAACGGCGGCGGCCCGUUUCUGGUGUGGUUCCUUCUCAACUUUAGCAAGUAA